CGGAUUACAACAAAAAACUACAGCUCCGUGGUCCUGAUAUCACUCGCAACACAUCACCGCUGCUCCUAAACCAAAUGCAACACAACACACACGGCGAAAUGCAGACCAUUAAGAAGGCAAUCUCUUGGAAACUUUUGAUACUUUCUUACUUAUUCGUGGAGGGUUCGUGCCAAGACUUUGGUGGUGGACAGACUCAAUUUAUUUGCACGUCGGUGCCCAAAGAUAUGGACAUAUGCACCGCUACCUUGCAAAACAGUAUGCCUGGAGAGGAUCUGAAGACCACCGUAAUGCAGCUCCGGGAGACCGUCCUACAGCAGAAGGAGACCAUUAUGAACCAAAAAGAGACUAUCAGAGAACUGACUUCCAAGUUAACUCGCUGUGAGGGCCAGAGUGCGCCCGAGCCCGGACCUGGGGGAAGGAGAAAAGAGACUGGGAUCAAAAAUACUAUGGGGGAUGUAUCAAGGGGUCCCUCGGACACUUUGGCGCAAUUAUCGCAGACUUUACAGUCUCUAAAGCAGAGAUUAGAAAAUCUCGAGCAAUUCAGUCGGAACAACAACUCGGUCCAGGCGAACAGUCUGAAAGACCUGCUACAGAGUAAAAUCGACGAUUUGGAGAAGCAGGUGUUAUCCCGCGUGAACAGUAUAGAAGAUGGCAAGCCUGGGCUGCGGAACGAGACGGAGCAGCGCGGUAGAGUGGAGUCGACUCUCACAUCCCUGCACCAGAGAAUCACCGACCUCGAGAAAGGUCAGAAAGAAAACAGGCCUCUGGAUAAAUUCCAGUUGACAUUCCCGUUGAGGACCAACUACAUGUAUGCCAAAGUGAAGAAGAGUCUCCCUGAGAUGUACGCAUUCACUGUCUGCAUGUGGCUCAAAUCCAAUGCAUCCCCAGGGGUGGGCACGCCGUUCUCCUACGCAGUGCCAGGGCAGGCCAACGAGCUGGUGCUGAUUGAGUGGGGGAAUAAUCCUAUGGAGAUACUCAUCAAUGACAAGGUAGCUAAAUUACCAUUCAUUAUCAACGACGGGAAGUGGCAUCACAUCUGUGUCACAUGGACAACUCGAGAUGGAGUAUGGGAGGCUUUCCAAGAUGGAGUCAUGAGGGGCAGUGGAGAAAACCUUGCUCCAUACCAUCCAAUCAAACCACAAGGUGUUCUGAUAUUGGGACAAGAACAGGAUACACUUGGAGGGGGCUUUGAUGCUACACAAGCUUUUGUUGGAGACCUGGCGAAUUUUCAUAUCUGGGACCGGAAGUUGUCUAUUGGAGAGAUAUACAACCUGGCAACUUGCAGCAGCAAAGCGCAGAUAGGCAACGUGUUUUCGUGGUUGGAGAGCAGCAUUGAUAUUUACGGAGGAGCCUCCAAGUGGACAUUUGAGGCUUGUCGUCAACUGAACUGAACUGCAGGGAAAAGUGAAAAGCCAAUGAGAAAUGCUUGUGUUAAAGCCUCUGUUGAUAAUACGUCUGAUUUGAUAGAUAAAGAAGCAUUUAUUUCAGUAAAUGACAUCUGGAUUUGUUAUAGAUAUUGAGUACUUUAUGUGUGGACACUUACUAGAUUUCUACCUGUCUAAAAUAAGACUCUUGUGACCUUCUUGUUCAUCUUGGAUAUUUCAGUUGGAUAGUUUUGGCAUCUGGUUGGAUGCUUCAAAGCGCUUCGUUCAACUGGCCGGUUUGUUAUCUCAUGGUCUUCAGAGCAAUUGACACAUACAGGCCAGCAUAUCACCACAACGCAGUGCAGAUGCAGACAGCACUCCCCGACAAAGGACCACUUAGAACGUCCACCAUAAGUAGAAUUGGUGACCAUGUAGUUGUCCCCAACGAGGAAAUCAGGGAGGGGACUGGGCAUAUGUCUCCGUCCGUUAGUACAUUAGUGCGUUCGUACAUUAGUCACGCGUGACAUCUCAGACAGCACUGGCCCGGUUGUGACAAAACUUGAAUGAUGCGUCUUGCGUUAGAUAUCUGGCAUUUACAAAAUUACACUGAUUGGCCAGAUGAUGGAGCUAUAACAAGAGAUGUUAAAUAUUUCAAAUACAAACGUUGAAAGGUCACAUCCAUUACCCCGUUUGACGUAAAGUCAUGAAAUUCGCUGCAUAUGUCCCUCUGCUAAAAAAUAAACAAAUUUGCCGCAGGGACCAAUAAGCUUCACCAUUCUGGAUUUCCGUUAUUUAGAAUUUUGUGAAAAACACUUAAAACACUACUCUUCUGGCACCGAAUGAACAAUCUGCAUGAAACUUGAUAUUUGGCAUCUAUGACAAUAUUUUCCAGACCCACAAGAUAUCUCAGACACCACUGGCCCGAUUUUGUGUGAAUGAUGCCUCUUGCCAUAGAGAUCCAACAUUCACAAAAUUACACUGAUUGGCCCAGGGGGGGAUGCUAUAGUAAUCAACUAUGUACGUUAGUCACACAUGAUAUCUCAGACACCACUGGCCCGGUUUUAACGAAACUUGGGUGAAUGAUGCGUCUUGCCAUAGAAAUCAGUCUUUUGCUAAAUUAUACUGAUUGGCCCAAGGGGGGUGCUGCAUCAUUUGUGGGUGACGACAUGCUUACUGUUGCCUUGUUUUUAUUGGCACUGGGGACACGCAUUUCAACCAAUCACACGAUUUUGUUCAUAUUCCCACUGCCUGGGAUUUUCACUGUGAACGACGGGUAGACUUGAAAAGGAAUGUAUACUUAAACGGUUAUGAAACAGGCACAGCUUUCUGCUCUAUCGCUAUCGUUUCUCGAUCACCACCUGCUUGACGCAAUUUUGUGUAAAGAAUCUUUUUUUGCCAACAUACAAGCCUGGGUGCCUUGGGAUGUUGAAAUAACUCAGCACAUUCAUUAUGAUUUGCAAAGUAUUUUGUGUCGUAUUUAUUUUCCUGUAGGCCUACAACGAGAUUUAUUUCCAAAAGAGAUGUUUAUUAUCAUAACACAUUGCAUUGGAUAAUAACAUGAUUAUUGUACUUAAAAGCAAUUCAUUGAGGUGUUUGUACUUUAAUGGGAAUGUUAUCUGUACAGUAACAGCAUGACUUAACUAAUUGCUGCAGCAGCAUCAACAAAAUCUGCUUUUACUAUCCUCCUUUUGGUUUGAGAUUUUAUACUGUAUUGUUAUAUGCUCAAAGCAUGGCAACACUGAAAUAUGAAAAAGUUCUAAUUUUUUAAAUAAAAUUGUGAUACCUGAAUCUA